AUAGAUAUCUUCCUCCGUCGCUUCUAAACAGCCUACCCUUCCUUCCUUCUUUAGUCCGUGGCUUCACAAUCCUUUGUGUACGUGGCUGAAUAGGACGUGCGUAGCGUGACGUGGAAGUGUGCGGAGGCCGUACGAGUAAUCAUACAGUUUGUGACGCAAUCGUCUUUCUCCCUAUCAGUCUCAACGUUCUCCCUCCCUGCCCUCCACAGUCUUAUCACCAACUGAACGGGAUACACCAAGUCGUCUAACUAAACAGAUCAUGCCUUUUUUCAAGCCGCCGAAGAAUCCCAGAGCAGCGUCAGAGGUCACCAAGCAAUGGCUGGAAUAUGUCUUGUCCCAGUAUGAGUCAAGAACUUCUCGCAAGUCAAUUGUGGAGGUUGACUCGUUCGAGAUCAAUCCAGGUUGUGGUAAAUGUGAGAACUUCAACAGCGAGGUGAUAAGGAUAGAGGCUGAGGCCCAGGUGACGCCAACAGGCGGAACACCUUCGCCUGUUCACUACAGCUUUAUUGUGAAGUUCAUUCCUGGCAACGAAUUCGAGCAAGAGUCAACAAAAUGGAUUGGAGCACCCAAAAGAGAGCUACUGGUUCUCUCAGAAAUUCUUCCUGCCUUGAACACUUUCCAGAAAGAGCGAGGUGGUGGCAGGUAUCCCAUCAACGCUCCUGAGUAUGUGUACGGCGUGUGUACUUCUGGUGAAUACGUACUGAUGAUGCAGGACCUGCGGGAGGCUGGCUACCAUGUAGGGGAUAAGAGACGCGGCCUGACCCUCUCGCAGCUCAAGGCAGCAGUGCGGGACUUGGCUCACCUCCACGCUGUCUCCUAUGCAUUCAGCCUCACCCACGACUUUCGCACUAAAUAUCCAGACUUCAAAGAAACUGGAUUGACUGACAGUAUUAUAAGUACAUUUGUCCGAGUGGUAAUUGAGGGUCUGCACGACGCAUUAAAGGCUAAUGAGAGCAAGUUCCCGGAUCUGGUGGAAGCCAUCGCCUCUAACAAGGACAAAAUACUCAAUGACAUCGAAGAAUUUUCAUUAUCAAAGAGGCAGAAACCAUUGGUGUGCCUGAGUCACGGGGACUUCUGGACCAACAAUGUCAUGUUUAAGUAUAACGAGGAAGGCUCUGUCGAUGGUUUUAUGAUGAUCGACUGGGGAAACGUAGGGUGGCGAAAUCCCAUGUUUGACCUUCAAUACCUUAUGCACACAUCCACCCAAAAGGCUACAAGAAGGGACCAUCUAAAGGAGGUGCAGACACUUUACUACGAAGCCUUCACCUCCGCCGCCGCCAGCCUGGAUGCACCCUUAAGGCAUUGGAGAUUCGAGGAUUUCCUGGCAGAAUAUCAAAAGUCAGCAGCGGCGUCCAAGUUAUUCUGUGUCUUUGUGAACCUAAUAACACUCUCAGAGCACGGGCGAAUAUUUAACCAGGGCACCCUCACCACGGGUUUUUCCUCCUGGCUAAGGGUUAAAAUGACUAAAAUAACGGCGUUAAUCCCGAACAGGUUGAUAUCUACGAUGACAUACCCUUUCAUGAAGAAAGCAAUGCAAAUAUAUUUCGAUGAUUUGGCAUCGAUGAGCAACCCUGAGAUGACGACUCGGAUCAUAGAUUUAGUGACUGAGGCCUUUGAGAACUUUGUAGUGGAGCCUUAACCCUACCUCCGGCCAGGCAGUGCUCCCCCUUCUUCCUACCCACUAACCAGCUCAGGGAAAUUAAUGUAUUAUUUACAAAACUGAAAUUUUUCAACUGGGGUAAACAGUCUCAUUUGUCCGUGUUGUCUUCUCUGAGGAAGGUAGACCAAAUGUUUAAAAUAACCUGUUAUGAAUUUUCAUUUUCAUUAAUUUAUGACGAUGCUGUUCUUCAAUAAAGUUUUCAUUAUCCAGUAAAUAAAUAUUUCCUCGCUACUUAA